AUGAGCGCCGUCACGCGCCUCCUCGGCGGCAUGUCCGCCGUGGCGUCGGCCGCCGGCGGGCGGCGGCGCCUGGCCACCGUCGGCCUCUCGGGCGGCCGCCGGCGCCUCGCGACGGCGGCGCCGGAGCACUUCCUGCACGUGGGCCCGGGCGGCGACUGGUGGGAGGGCGGCGGCAUCUACGCCGCGAAGCACAACCCGAGCGACUACCUGUGCGACUACGUGCGGUCGCUGCCGCUGCCCGUCGGGACGCGGCUGCGCGGCGACGUGCCCGCGGGCGAGGUCCGGGCCAUGUACGACGCCGCGGCCGUCGACGCCGCGUGGCUCGAGCCCGCCUGGAGCGCGGGCGACCCGACGGCGGCCCUCGCGGCGCCGGGGCGCUGCCAGCUCGGCGACGACUGGACGCCCUGCGCGCUCCGGGACCGCGUCUGGGUCUCCGACGACACGAUGGUCGCGACCUUCGACCUGCCGGACGCGUCGGCGCCGCUCGGCCUGUCCACGUGCGCCUGCGUCCUCGCCCGGGGCGGCGCCGGCGACGACGGCGAGCCCGUCGUGCGGCCCUACACGCCCGUGUCGACGAACGCGCUCGUCGGCGCGUUCCAGGUCAUGGUCAAGGUCUACGAGCGCGGGACGCUGAGCCGGGCCCUCGCGGCGCUCGACGUCGGCGACGCGGUCGACUUCAAGCACAUCGCCUUCAACGUGAAGAUCCAGUUCCCCUUCGGCGCGAAGAAGAUGCCGACGAUGGCGCCCUGGGGGGCGCCGUGCCCGCCCAUGUGCUCCCCGGGCUUCGCGCCGACCAUGCCCGCGCACCUGGUCCCGCCGCCGAACGUGUUCCAGCCCCUCGGGUCCCCCGGCGCCGCCGCGCCGGCGCAGACCUUCCAGCAGCCCAUCGACGCCGCGGUCGUCGACCUCACGGCCAUGGACGACUCGGACGUCCCCGUCGAAAGGACUCCGAAGCGCGCGCGCGCCAGCAAAGCCGGCGGGUCGACGAAGGCGGGCGUCGUCCACGUGCAGAGACUGGUCCUCCCGGACGAUAUCGGCGAGCGACUCCUCGACAUGCACCCGGACGAGCAGCGGCGCCUCGCGCUCAAGGAGAAGUACGACGAGGUCCUCGCUUCGGGCUCGAAGGAGCAGGUCAAGCUCGGGGGCGACGACCUGAAGAAGAUCCUGGCGGCGCGCGUCGAGCUCCCGCCGGCGACGGUGGUCGACGGCGCGCGGCACGUCGAGAACCUGGAGAACAAGCUGCGCACGCGGCUGGGGCCGACGGACCCGCGUCGUGCCCGGCCCAAUGCGCGCUAUGACGGGCUUGGGGAAGCCCGAGAAUCCCAGAUAAAAUUCGACAAGGUCAUGACCGAGGCCUACCUGUCGCUCACGGAGGGCAUGCCCAAAAAGGACGCCGCGGAGCUCAUGCUCCGCUGGCUGGACGUGCCCACGGGCCUCUGGGACAAGGUGAAGAAGAAGGUCAUCAUGGAGCACAACCAGUUCUUCAUCGAGCGGAGCUACCGCUUCACGCAGCUCAAGGACGAGCAUCCCGACGUGUCCAAGGCCUCGAUCCAGCACGUCCGCGCGUCCCUCAACCAGCUCCAGCGCGAGUUCCUCGGCAACGAGCGCAUCUCCGCGCGGAAGAAGGAGGAGGUGCGCGGCUACUCGAUGCUGCCCCACGCGGGCCAGAUGUUGGAGGACCAGAAACGCGCGGACCAGGGCAGGAAAAGGGUGAUUCAACAUCGCUUCAACGUGAGCGCGGACGCCUUGAUCGUGAGCAACGACUGGUUCGGCGAGCCGUCCUGGACGGCGCCGGGCUCGUUGAACAUCUCGAAGGGCGAGUACUUCGGGGCCGACCUCAAGAAGGCCGCCGUCACCUACAUGCGCGCCACGGGCACCUACGGCGCCGCGGUCCGCGGCGGGGCCGCGACGCCCCAUUUCAAGUACGCCGGCGACGCGUCGACCUUUACCGGCGCCGGCGCCGGGACGGGCGGCCUCGACCAGCUCCUCUGUAUCCUCCAGUACAUCGGCAAGGAGGGCCGCAACCCGCUCACGGGCUCGAGCAUCAAGACCGUCCAGGGCAUCAUGAACGUCAUGAUCAUCGGCCAGGUCCUCAUGGCCGAGACGAAGCAGACGUGGGACGAGGUCUUCAAGUGGCUCCUCGACGCCUGCGCGCAGAUCGAGGCCGACGGCGGCUUCGUCGACCCGGCCACGGGCGUCUUUCUCCACGUGCGCUUCACGAAGGGCAUGGACAUGUCCUCGCGCGGCGGCGCGUGCAAGGGCGUCCACUUCUACGACUGGCGCUGCGACCUCGUGUCCUCCGAGGUCCUCUCGGUCCACCCGUCGACGAGCCGGUGGCGCUGCGCCGCGUGCGCCGGGUCCCGGCGCCUCGACGGGCUCGCGUGUCCGCACGUCGCGUCCGCGGAGAUCCUAAGCGACGCGGUCGUCGACCGGAAGCGCAAGGAGCUGGAGGAGUCGCCCGUCGUGCCGGAGGAGAUCCCGCUGGAGGUGCUCGUCCGCUUCCAGAACCCGAAGAAGACGUCGCUCUCACUGCCCGACCAGGCCCGUCUCGACGCGGACAUCUCCGAGCUCCCCAAGAAGCUCCCGGCCCUCGCGGGCGUCCAGGACCUCUACGACCUCGGCCAGGUCCACGCGGCCCUCGACGCCGCCGGCGUGCCGUCGGCCAUGGUCGCCGACGAGUUCGACUCGUUCUCCAUCUACGCGCCGUUGGCGGACGUCGACGCGGCGGCGUAUCGCGCGUCCGUCGUGAAGGCGCUCCGCCGCCGCCGCAUGGACUACGCGCCCGACGCGCCCGUCGGCGACCUCCAGUCGCUCCUGCGCGAGCGCCUCGAGGCCGAGCUCCUCGUCCUCGCGAACCGGAAGACGCUCGAGCGCCUCGAGCUCGAGCCGCGGUCGCGGCGCGUCGCCGGCCGCGCGUACAUCCGUGUGGACCCGGGCAAGGCCGCCUCGUGCGUCGGCGUCCACGGCGUCAAGGCCAUCGAGAACGCGUUCCUCAACCUCUCCGCGAGCGACAUCUACACGGAGCGCGACGACUUGUCCGCCGCGCAACGCGACGCCCUCCUGGAGCAGCUCAACACCGUCGUCGGCCGAGCCCUCGGCGCCCGCGACGCCGCCGCGAAGAAGCAGCUCAAGCCCAACGACGACGGGAACGGCAUCAUCGAGAAGGCCUUCGGCGCCGAGCAGACCGCGCGGAUCUUCGGCCCCGCGAUCGACGAGAUCAUCGACCUCGUCUGCCCCACGACGUACGACGUCGCCCGGAACCGCAAGAUGCACGACUGGGUCGUCGAGUGGCGCGCGGAGAAGCGCUUGAUCCACGACAACCACGCGCCCUACUCGCCGGGCGUCAUCGACGCGGUCCACGUGUCGUCGACGCUCACGUUCCUCUGGGGCACGGAGCUCUGGGGCGAGGACUACUGCAAGAACUACACGGAGGAGUCCGGCCGCGGGUCCUGGACGCAGCAGAUGAAGCUCGGCCUCGACCUGCAGGACCACCAGCAGCAGCUCAUGGAGAAGAUGCAGUCGCAGAUCACGCCGCGCGUCGCGCACGUCGACGGCUACGGCUACCGGCGGGCGCGGUCCCUGUCCGAGAAGGCCUUCACGGAGGACUUCCUGGGCGAGGUCGCGCCGCAGCUGAGCCGGCGCCUAGCGACGGCGCUGUGGCAGGCGCUGAGCCACGACCGCUGGUCCAUCGACGAGGAGCGCUUCGUCGAGGCUUUAGCUAUCGCGCGCUGCGGCCGCGACGAGGACAAGCUGCGGCUGGCCAUGCUCGUCGCCGCGCGCGCGACGCCGCCGCGCGACGACGGGCGGCGGGGCUACUACGGCGGCUCGGGCGGGGUGUACUGCACGCCGCGGGCCGUCGUCGCGCUGCUGCGGGCCGUGCGCGAGGACGCGCUGGGCGCGGGCCUCGACGACGAGAGCGAGAGCGACGACGAGGGGCUCUACGGCCCGCCGCGGCCCGACUCGGCGCCGCGGGGCGUUUCGGGAGAGCGCGCGCACCUGCGGACCGCGGAUUUGGUCGACGCCGUGGGGCUGGCGACCUCGCGCGACGAGAUCCGCGUGGCGGCGCUGUUGCGGCCGAGCCGCGAGCCCGUGCGGCGCGACGACGACGACGAGUCGGACGGGCUCGGCGAUUCCGACGCGGACUUCACGGAGCGUUUGGACGGCCGGCGGAACCUCGCGCGGCGGCGCGAGCGGUCCGAGGCCCACGAGCUGCUGCUGGCGUCCGUGCGCGACCAGCUCUGCGCCUUCGUCGUGGCGGCGCUCGACGGCUGGGCGCCCGGCGCUUUACCGGAGGCGCCGCCGGAGCCGCCGGGCGACGGCGCGCCCGCGGCGACGCCGCCGCGGCCGCCGGCGGAGGGCGCCGAGGACCCGGGGGCCUACAGCGCGGCGCCGUCGUCGGCGACGCGGCCGUCGCCGGACGGCGCGCCGCGGACGCCGCCGCGGCGACCGGCGCCGCCGGCGCCCGACGACGCCUGCCGGGCGGCUUCCGCCUCGACGGCUGACGACCGGGGUUUGGGGUCGCCGCCGCCGCGGCGGCGGCGCCGCGCGAGCUCCGAGGCCGAGCGGCCCCUCGACGGCGAGCUCGCGGCGGCGCUCUUCGGCAAGCUCCAGGAGCACUCGUCGAGCGGCGCCGUGGACCUGGCGACCGUCGUCGACUGCUUCUCCGGCGAAAGAUUGCGGGACCGGCCGCGACUCGAGGCGCCGGUGCGCGGCGUAUGGGUGUCGACGCUCCACUGCCGGCGCCUGUUCGCCGUGUUGGACGCGAACCGGAGCGGCGUCGCGCACCGCGAGGCCUUCGAGGCCGUCUUCCGGUGCUGCUGCGGCCCCGUGACGCGGUCGUCCGAGGCGCGCGAGGCGGACCUGUGCGCGCGCGUGGGCGUGCGCGCGGGCGUGCUCCGGGCCUGCGUCGAGGACGCGCUCUACGUGCGCCUGGGCGUCGCGCGGCCCGCGGACGGCGCCGCGGAGCUGAGGGUCGUGUCGCCCUACGUGUCGCUCACGCUGUCCGCGGAGACGUGCGUGCCGGGGGACACGUGGGUCGUGCUGCCCAAGGGCUGGCUCGUGGGCUGGAACCGCUGGGCCGAGGAGCGCGCCGCGCGCGACGCGGGCGUCGACGGCGCGGCCCAGGCGGGCGCGCCGGGCCCGCCGGACUGCGCGUCCCCGCGGCCGGCGCCCAUCGACGCGUCCUACUUAUUGCGCGCGCGCGACGUCUGCAGCCAGCCCCGCGACGACGUCGUGCUCUGCGACCAGGACGGCCGCCAGGACGACGGCGGCGCGGGCGCGCUGCUCCGGGCGCUGCGGCGCGACGUCGCCUACGACGAGGACUUCGUCUUCGUGCCGCCGCAGCUCUACCUGGCGCUGCGGCGCUGGCACGGCGAGCGGGGCGCGCCCGUGGCGCGGCGCGUCGCCGUCGACGAGCGGGGGCGGCCGUCCUUCGAGGCGCACGCGGCGCGGUGCCUGGCGCGGCGCGCGGCGGACCGCGCGGUGGUGGUGCCCGUGCUGCGGCACGAGCCUGUGCACGUCGUCGCGGCGCGCGCGCACCGGGCGCUGGAGCUCCACGCGGGCCGGGGCCCCCUGCUGCGGAGCGGCAGCCCGCCGCGGCGGUUAAGAGUGCGCGCGGUGCGGCGCGACGCGGCGCCGGAGCCUCGCCAGCCGCCGUCCGAGGCCGCGACGGUCGUCGGCGAGCCGCGGCUCCAGCCGCUCUACGACGGCCCGCCCUUCUCCGCCAUGUACGGCGGCUCGCGGGGGCGCCACGCCGACGCCUGGACGCGGCCCUGCUCCUGCCUCAUGGACGCGUCGCAGCCGGGCGACGGCGACGAGGCGCCGGUGGACGUCACCAUCGAAUUGCUCUUUGAUGAUGGUGGUGAUGAGCCCGAGGAUGGUGGUGAAACACACACAGAGGUCGCGGCGCCCGCGCGGCCCGUCGGGGGGCUGCGGCCGGAUCUGGACGGCGACGCGCGCGUCGGCGAGGUCGGCCUGCGGAAUCUCGGCAACACGUGCUACAUGAACUCGGUGUUGCAAGCUUUAGCGCACGUGCCGCCGCUGCGGGCCUACUUCGCGUCCGGCGAGUUCCGCUACGACAUCAACACGCGGUCGAAGUUCGGCGCGCGGGGCGCGCUCGCGACCGCGUUCGGCGAACUCCUCGGCGAGCUCGACGAGUCCGAGGAAGCGGUGACGCCGGACACCUUCAAGCGGACGCUGGGCGACUGGAACGACACCUUCGCGGGCUUCGGCCAGCAGGACGCGUCGGAGUUCCUCCAGCAGCUCCUGGAAGGUCUGGGCGAGGACCUGAACCGCGUCGAGGACAAGCCGUACGUGGAAAAUCCGGACGUCGCGGGCGACGCGGAGAGCCCCUUCCCGGCGGACCCGCGCGUCCAGGUCGACGUCGCCGCCGAGUGCUGGCGGAACCACGCCGAGCUGCGCGAGGACCACCCCGUGACGGCGCUCUUCGGGGGGCAGACGCGGCGCGAGCUCGUCUGCGACGCGAACGACGUCGAAAAGUCCGUGGGCUUCGACGCGUUCUCGUCGCUGGCCGUGCCCCUCUUCGACGCCGACUCGGCGGCGCGCGGCGAGGAGACGGUCCGCGUGCGCGUGCGGUUGCGCUUCGCGCGCCAGCGCUGCUGGCCCGUGGACGCGGUCGUGCCCGUGCCGGCGGACGCGGCCGUCGGCGACGUGCUGGAAGCCGCCGCGGCGCUGCCGCUGAGCUCGCGGACCCUGGAGCACGCGCCGACGCUGGAGAACUUCGACGACGAGCCCGAGCUCGCGGCCUUUGGUGGGGACGCGUCGAAUCUCGUGGCCAUGCUGCCCUGUCUGGGGCCGCGGCCGUCGGCGACGGAACGCGCGCUCGACGCGGCCGCGCACCUGCUGUCGCCGCGCGCGGGGCUGCGGGAGCCCGCGCUCGCCGCCGUCUUCGCGACGCACUGCGCGCACCGUUUAGAUAUCUACGAGGUGCCGCCCCUCGUCGACGCCGCGCGGCCGAUCCCGCCCGCGGCCUUGUGCACCGUGGCGCUGCGGACCUUGGACGUCGCGGAGCGCUACUUCUCGGACCCGAGCCGCCUCCGCUUCUUCGGCGACCCCUUCGUGAUCCGCAUCGUCGAACACGAGACGACGGGCGCGGACCUGUACCGCGUCGUCUGGGAGCAGCUCGCGCCCUUCUGCGACUCGGUCCCCCGCGACGGCUCGGGCCCGCCGUUCGCUUUACGGGCCUUCGCGAGCCGCGGCAGCGACCGCGAGCGCUUAGCGGCGGGCACGCUCGCCGGGUCGGAGAUGCUGCUGCCGGACGGCGGGCGCCUCGUGCCCGACGACGGCCGCGUAUUGUGCGACGACGCGCGGUGUCUCGAGGGCGUGCGGUUCGCGGCGGACGUUCCUACAUCUUUACGUCGCCGCUUCAACGACCGCGCGUUGCGCCACGCGCUCGUCCACACGUCCUGCGCGCCGGCGCCGCCGCCGCCGCCCAUUGCUUUGGAAGCGUGCCUGGCGGCCGUGGGCGCGCCGGAGACGGUGACCAAGUACUCGGCCGCGGAGACCAGUGUGGAAACCAACCACUGGUUCAGGGGGUCCUGA